AUGACCAGACAUGCCUCCACUGAUUCCACCCCUAGUGACAGCGGCUCUAGUCCCUCCCCCAGCACCCCUCAGAAGCUGCUGCCAUCAUGCACCUCUCCGUUCGGGCCACGGCUGGUUCGGGCCACACCUAGCUCCUCCGCGACCCCGCGACCCCAGCCUGAAGGUUCAGACCGUCGCCACAGUAACACGGUCCGACUUAGCGGGACAUUUGGAGGUCACGGACCCUGUGGACGCCGCAGCGGACCCGUGAAGAUGGAGAGAAUCAAGGUUCUGAUGGGCUCAGAGGUGGAAAGCGACUACAAGGAGCCAGAGAACAUGGACACACGGGUGGUGAUGGGCCAGGAGACCCUGCUCAAGACAAAGAAAACCCUGACAGGGAAGUGCCCAUGUGGGCAGAGCAGCCAGGCGAUACCCCUGCCUGGAGGCCCAGUCUUGGAGGUCCCUAAGCCUCCCUUAGAGCCCCAGGCCGAGGCUGGAGAAAAGGCCCAACUGGACACAGGGCAGGAGAGAGACAAUUCACCUCUGACCCCAAAGUUGGAGCAAGAGCAGGAGAGAAGCCCUGUCCUGCCCAUUAGACCUCUCCUCACCCCCCUCAUCCCUGCGUCCCCUCCCUCCUCAGAGCCAGUCACAGUUGAUGUUAGCUUGAUGGGCAGCUUAAGCCCUUUGGAGGCAGGGCUGUCUCCCUAUGAUGAAAUGUCUUUUGUAUGUUCCAUGUAUGCCAUGCCCUCCCUGUCCGAGCCAGCCUAUCCCCCUGCUAUCCUAUCCUUCACUGAGCCGGCCUAUGCCGUGGACCCUCUGAGAGUGGGUGUUCCCUCGUCCCUGGAUCCUGACCUGUACUACACCGCCCCCUCCACCCCCAUCAAGAUGGCUGCUCGCCCCUUACACCUCAAACACCGCUCUUACCCCGGCUCUCCAGCCUCUCCCCUCUCACCAAACUCGGACAGUGAGGACCUGUGCUCCCCCCUUACUUCCCCCUCUGGCUCCUACGUCACGGCGGAGGGGGGCAGCUGGACCUCUUCCACCUCCCCCUGCACCUCCCCCAAUCUUCUCUUGGCAGAGGAUGUGCAGGAGGCACCUGCAUGCUUUGUCAGCUCGCUGUCCGAAAUCGGAGACGAAGUGGGGGAGGAUAGGGGAGCAGUAGGGGAGAGGGCAGAGGAAAAGGGAGGAGGAGCAGCAGAGUGGCGGUUCUGCCUCUAUAAGGGUCUAGCAGAGACUGUGAUCCUGGAGGAGGAGGAGGUACUGAGAGGGGAGGUAAGGGGGAGAAGGAGUGAGGAAGUGACAGUCUCAAGGGGUAGCUGUCGCCCUCGCUGGGUGACAGAGGACACUUCCCCAUUGAGGAGCAGCAGCGGCAGAAGCACCGACUCCCAGGAAGAUGGAGGGGAGUCGGAGGGCUCGCUCUGCCCAGCAGAGGAUGCUCUGGCUGGGGGACAGCAGUACUCAAGUCCCCUGCUGCAAAGAGGCCUGGAGCUGGAGCUGCAGGCCUGUGUGUCUGAGGAGCUUUACCCUCCCAUUACCAACCCAGAUGAUGAUGGAGCAGACUCCCCACGGCUGACCUCCAUCUCCUUCCCCUUUGCCCCAGACAUGGGGAACCUAAGCCCUCACACCUCCUGCGUCAACCCUGCCUCCUCCAACCUUACCAUGGACACCUGCUCUCCAGAUGUGUCAGAUGGGGAUAACUCCAGCCCUUACGGAGAGAUGGGUACCUUCCUGCUGUUCCCAGGCUCCUACAGUGAUGAUGGAGAGAUGGAGGAAGAGGAGAGUAUGAUCCCAGCCUCUCUGCUUAACUUCCCCCUCCACACCAGUCUCCUCUUUCAGGCAGACUCCAUGGAGAUCACUCUCUUCCCCACAGAGGAGGGGAAUGAGGGAGGAGAGGGAAACGACAGGAACGAUGUGGAUGCGUACGCGGCCGGAGAGGAGGAGGGGGACGUGGAGGAUGAUGAUGAAGAUGAUGAGGAAGAAGUGGAGGCUAAGGUAGAGAUAGAGGAGGCUAAAGUAGAAAUAGUGAUAGAGGAAGAGGUGGAUGAAGAGGAGGAAACUUCCAUCAACGAAGGGCUGGAUGAGUCCUUCUGUUUCCAAGACGACACUGACGACUCACUAGACUCCGCCUCUUAUAAUGGCGAAGAGGAUGAGCGACUGUACAGCACAGAGAGACAUGCUGAACCACCCACAGUACCACCCACAGGACCACCCACAGGAUCACCCACAGAACUACACCAAGCCAAACCUCAGCCUGAAACCAGACCAGAGGCCUACAGCACUGAACUGUCCCAGUCCCAGAGCAGACUUAGCCUAAUCAAUCCCCCAGGUGACAAAGAGCCCCGGCCUGAGGAUCCUCCAGGACCUAGACCACCACAACCUGCACUUGCACCUGCCCAACCUGCGGAAUCAGCCCACCCCGAGUCCUCCAACAGCAGUAGUGGGAGUGAAAUGGAGAUCUCCUCAGAGUCCUCUGACCCUCCUGUCCCCGCUCCUUCUCAGGAGAGCCCUUAUGAGCAGGGCAAGCCAAAGCAGUUGCAGAGGAAGUACAGGCUGGUACGAGAGAAGGACAAACAGAGCAGUGGGGAGAGAGGGAAGGACAAACAGAGCGGUUGGGAGAGAGGAAAGGACAAACAGAGUGAUGGGGAGAGAGGGAAGGACAAACAGAGCGGUGGGGAGAGAGAGAAUAAUGAACAGAGCACAGAGACUUCAGACGAGGACCACACAGAGCAGACAGACAGGGACUCGUUCAAACUACUCAUUAAGCCACGCCCCUCUAAGUCAGACACACCCCGGCCUAAACAGAAGACCUCUGAGCCCCGUAAGCCGCUCCCACGUGUGUUUGGGGUGGCAGCAGCUUCAGUCCGGUCCAAACCGCUUCUGGUGUCAGUGCUGGAACUGGACCAGAAGAACGCGAACAGCAGCGCUGAAGGUGUGGACUCCCAUCAGGUCCUUGAAGGGACCACUGCCACCAACGACCUGAACAAGGGGGUCCCUCUGCUCUCAUGCCCGAAAGAGCCUAACCCCAGCAACAUCCCUGUCUCCUCCUGCCCUGAGAGCUCACCUGACCUGGCUGACAACCUGUCCCUGACCCCUGACAUCUGCCCAUGUGACCCCGCCCAGGAGAACCUGAGGGAGAACACCCUGAGCACUGAGGACGGGGGCCCUGGGGCCCUGGGCUCCCCUCACACACCCCUGGCUGUCUCUCCCAAGAGGGAGAACUCAGAGACAGAUGCAGGAGGGAGGAGGGGGGAUGGGGGCUUGAGGGCUGAUAGGAGGGGGUUAGGAGCAGAGUCCGGGUCCUGGGGGGCAGGGGAGGCCCUAUCUCUCUCUCUGGGGCAGGGCUGUGGGUUGGAGGCACAGAGCCUAUUACUGUAUGAGGUGGAGGGACAUACGAUUGGACAGACAAUUGGACAGAAGAUUGGACAGACACUCUCCGGGCUGCCCAAUGUCGGCACAGAUGAGGAUGAGGUGGGUGAUAUAAUGGGGGACGAAGAAGACAACAACAGCCUGUGUGGUCGGCCAGACAAGAUGGCAGAUGUUGAGCUUGUGGGAGAGGGUGUGCCAGAGUCCAACCUGUCCAGCUGGAGGUCCAUCGAGGAGAUAUCAGAGGCAGGGGGAGGAGAGGACGGAAGCUCCCAAUUCCCAGAGGAUGAUGUCAGCAACCUGCAGAGUCACCCGGAAAACAAGGAGGAGCAGGAAAACAACAACAAUGUCUCAGUGUUCCUAUCCUCUGGAAUGCCAACCUGUAUGACUCUGAAUGCCCUGUCAGAGGACGUGAGACAAAAGAGCCAGAGUGUGUGUCUGAGGGCGUCUCUCUCAAACAUACCACUCACAGAGGUGAGAUCACAGGCUGCUGCAGCCUCCGAUAGGCCAUCAACAUCAACUGACAGCUCAACACACCAAUCAGACAUAAGACAACCGUCCUUGUCCAUGGAAAGCCCUGGGCGUGUCUCACCACCAGGAGGUAAACCACAGACUGUCUCAGACCAGAGCCCUGGUUCAGUAGAGGCAGCCAUUUCCAGACCCAACAGUAACACAGAUAUUAACCCAGCAGUCAAACAGGCAGACCCAGCUCUGUCUCUGCUGGGUGGGGCAUUUGGAUCCUUCAGCCAUAAAAUCAGACCAAGCAACUCCAAGUCAGGCAGACUGUCCCAAGAAACUUCCCGAUCACUGAAGAAAGACACCGUAGAGAAUGUCCAAGUCUCCCAAGAAACUUCUCUCUCAGUGGGCAAAGACACAGUAGAGAAGGUCCAAAUUUCCCAAGAAAUUUCCCCAUCAGUGAGCAAAGACACAGUAGAGAAGGUCCAAGUCUCCCAAGAAUCUUCCUUAUCAGUGGGUAAUGACACAGUAGAGAAGGUCCAAGUUUCCCAAGAAUCUUCCAUAUCAGUGGGCAAAGACACAGUAAAGAAGGUUCAAGUUUCCCAAUAUGUUUUCCAAUCAGUGGGCAAAGACACAGUAGAGAAGGUCCAAGUUUUUCACGAAACGUCCCCAUCAAUGAGCAAAGACAUAGUAGAGAAUGUCCAAGUCUUCCAAGAAACUUCCCUAUCAGUGGGCAAAGACACAGUAGAGAAGGUCCAAGUUUCCAAAGAAACUUCCCCAUCAGUGGGCAAAGACACCGUAGAGAAGGUCAAAGUAUUCCAAGAAUCUGCCCUAUCAGUGGGCAAAGACCCAGUAGAGAAAGUCCAAGUUUCCCAAGAAACUUCCCCAUCAGUGGGCAAAGACACAGUAGAGAAGGUCCAAGUUUCCCAAGAGACUUCCCCGUCAGUGAGCAAAGACACAGUAGAGAAGGUCCAAGUCUCCCAAGAAUCUCCCCUAUCAGUGGGCAAAGACACAGUAGAUAGAGUCCAAGUUUACCAAGAAACUUCCCCAUCAAUAGGCAAAGACACAGUAGAGAAGGUCCAAGUUUCCCCAAAAACAUCCCCACCAGUGGGCAAAGACACGGUAGAGAAGGCCCAAGUUUCCCAAGAAACUUUCCCAUCAGUGAGAAAAGACACAUUAGAGAAGGUCCAAGUCUCCAAAGAAUCUUCCCUGUCAGUUGGCAAAGACACAGUAGAGAAAGUCCAAGUUUCCCAAGAAACUUCCCCAUCAAUGGGCAAAUACACAGUAGAGAAUGUCCAAGUUUCGCAAGAAACUUCCGCAUCAGUGAGAAAAGACACGGUAGAAAGUGUGAAAAAACUAUGUUCCCAGCCUCAGCCAGAGGAGACAGAGCCACAGACGGUGAGCCAAAAAGAAGGUGGUGGCGGUCAGAAGACUGACAGGCACAUUGACCAACCAAAGACGAGUGGGGCAUUAGAAGAACAGGAGAGCAGUGUUUGUAUCUCAGGGGAAAGAGAGGUGGAGGAGAUUGCAGAGGAGAGAUUCUCUCCAACAGAGAGUGUUCCAGAACCUGCACAGCGUCAGACACCCGAGGGAGAGCUGAGCACAGAGAAAGCCAUCACUCCUCCUCAGCCAGGGAGGAGAGGGAAGCAGAGCAGAGACAGACCCAGUCAGCCGCGCAGACAAUCUCCGUCAGGCUCUGGGUCUGCUGAUCACCCACAGGAACCAGCUCUCACUGCCAAGACCCUAGAAGACACCUCCCCACCAGGGAAACAAAAUAAUAAGAAUAUGAGGGGACAAACAUCUGCUGCAGAUACCAGACAGAGGACACCUGUGAAGGGCAAACCUGAGGCAGAGUCCGAGAGGAGAGGGGAAAACAGAAACGUCUCCAGAUCCCCGACUCCCCCUAGUCCUACCAACCUCUGCCCUAUCUCUCCUGCUCUCCUACUCAACCAGGAAGUGAACAUGGAAGUGCACCAGGAAAUGCUUGACAACAGGCCGCUGCCUGGUUGCCAGACAGAAAGCAGGAAGGACAUCAACGAUAACAAUGUGGGGAGUGGCCAUGCCUCCCCUACAGAACAGAAUAGAUCUUCUUCUCCUCCACCUCUUCCCUCCUCUUCUCCUCCCCCUCUCUCCCCCUCUCCUCUCUCCUCCUCUCCUCCCCCCAGUACCUUCACAGUGCAGCCAGAUGAGGACCUCCCCACCCCCAUACAGGAGUCCCAGCCUCUCCUCACCACAGUCCAGCCUGUCACCCCACUCCUAGACACCCAGCCUCAAUCAACCAAUCUUCAGGCAGCCUCCGCAACCCUUUCUACUACCCCUAUCGCCCUUCCUAAGCAUCCCCCUAUACCCACUGAAAGUGUCCGUAUGUCCCCUACCCCCUACUCAUUCUCAUCUCCACUCACGUCAGCCCUGCCCUCGACCCCCAGCCUUACCCAGCCCACCCAGGAGUCUUUGCCACGGAUGGAGGCUCCAACCACAGUGCCUGUCCUAGACAUCCGCUGCCAGGCCCAGCUCCAACCAAACCUCCUCACCAAGCCCAACAGACAGAUCAAGCCAGUUCAGUCACAAAGCCCACAGGACAGAGAUGGGAUGGACACAGACAGUGAUGAUGAUGACACUGCUGUUCCUCUACGACGUCACAUGACUCAGCCCAGGGGGAUUGUGGGAAACCCUUCUCAUAAAGAGUCUGGCUCCUCCAAUCAGCGAGAGAUACUGCUUCACUCCUCCCGCCAACCAACUGAGAGACAGAUAGACUGUCCAAUCAGCCACAAGGAUUCACAGGAACUGGAACUGUCCUUCAAAUACAACUUGGGCUCCUGCAAUGAGUCGGAGAGUGAGGGAUCAGUGCCAGAGUUGGAAGAACCAGAGGGCGUGCCACUGAGAUCCUCAGAACCCCAGCCCAUCUCUCCUGCUGAUGAGGGGAUUAACAGACCUAAGCAGAGCCGCAGUGAGAAGAAGGCCCGCAAGGCCAUGGGUAAGCUGGGCUUGCGGCCGGUCCACGGUGUGACCAGGAUCACUAUAAGGAAGUCGAAGAGCAUCUUGUUUGUCAUCAGCAGACCUGACGUCUUCAAGAGCCCCGCGUCAGACAUCUACAUCGUGUUUGGAGAGGCCAAGAUAGAGGACCUGUCUCAACAGGUGCACAAGGCAGCGGCAGAGAAGUUUAAGGUCCCGGUGGAGCCCUCCCCACUGGUGCCCCCUGCACCACCCAGCCUCACCAUCAAGGAGGAGAGCGAGGAGGAGGAGGUGGACGAGGGAGGUUUGGAGCAGAGGGAUAUAGAGCUGGUGAUGGCCCAGGCUAACGUGUCCCGCUCUAAAGCUGUCCACGCCCUCAGACACAACACCAAUGACAUCGUUAACGCUAUCAUGGAGUUGACCAUGUGAGAGGAGGACCCCCCCCCCCAAAGCAUAAAUGCCAGUGUCACAUCUGUAUCGCUGCUAUGUUGCAUUCUCCUUACCUGCUAAUAAACAGUCUGUAAUAACCACA